ACUUACAAACCGAUAUUUACUAAGGCCGUUGAAUCCUGUUGGCUUUGAGCGCCUUGACGUCGAUUCGCAAUGCAUUUUCAGUAUUCCAUUAUAAGCUAUAAGAAUUCAUUACAAUCGCAAUGAUAAAGAAAUUAAAAACAAAACUCCGCCUAAAUGAAGAAUGAAGAAACAAAAUGUCCGCACGAUAUCUUUGAUCGUGUGCACAUUUACAUAUUUACUAGUUGGUGCUGCAGUAUUUGACUCACUCGAAUCGGAAACGGAAAAGCGGCGCUGGGAAGCACUGCAAGCUGUCGAAGAUAUGAUAAUACGAAAAUACAAUAUUACCCAAGAGGAUUUCAAAGUGAUGGAGACUGUUGUGCUCAAAUCAGAACCACAUAAGGCUGGCCAACAAUGGAAGUUUACUGGUGCGUUUUAUUAUGCCACAACAGUGUUGACCACCAUCGGUUACGGCCACUCAACGCCAAGCACAAUCGGUGGCAAACUCUUCACAAUGUGCUAUGCGAUUGUGGGAAUACCACUGGGUCUUGUGAUGUUCCAAAGUAUUGGAGAAAGAGUGAAUAGACUGAGCAGCUAUGUUAUACAAGCAGUGAAGAAGUCACUACGUUGUAAACGAACUGCAGCUUCUGAAGUAGAUUUAAUAUGCGUUGUGACAACGCUGAGCUCUCUAACGAUAGCUGGUGGUGCUGCAGCCUUUUCACGCUACGAAGGUUGGAGCUAUUUCGAUUCAGUAUAUUACUGUUUUAUUACUUUAACUACAAUAGGUUUUGGAGAUAUGGUUGCUUUACAAAAGGAUAAUGCACUCAAUAACAAACCGCAAUACGUAAUGUUCGCACUGAUAUUCAUAUUGUUCGGUUUAGCAAUUGUUGCCGCCUCGCUGAAUUUGCUAGUGUUGCGGUUUGUUACAAUGAAUACGGAGGACGAGCGAAGGGACGAAGCUCAAGCCAUGCAGGCUCUACAAGUUGCCGUUAAAUUGGAGGGCGACGUCAUUACAGCCAAUGGAUCCAUCUUAAGUGGAUACGAGGGUCAUGAGGUUCAGUCAAAUAGUAGUGGAUCAACUACAUCCAUGUGUUCAUGUAGCUGUGCACGUUUUAGUGCAAAUCGUCAUAAAAAGCAACAAUUUAAAGCGCGGCGUUCGCCUUCGCACAUACGUCAUUUAUUGCCGGAAGUUGUACCGAUGCAGGAUCUAAGUUACGACACACACAGCCUGAAUACGGACGGACUCGAUAUCGUGGAUACAUCCUCAGGCUCGCCUUCGAAACCGCACAGACAAUUACUCAAACGCAAUGUCUCACUACUCUCUUUUCGUAUUUAAAAUACAAUUGCUAUUAAUUCAAGUUAUUUAAGUAUCAAAAGUCU